AAAAUCUCUUUUAUUUAGUUUUUUUUUUUUUGUAUCAGCACUUUCUCCCUUCCUUUCACAGCCUCGCCGAGAUUCUCAUCGGUCCUCCUCGCCCCUCUGGUCUUUCAUCUGUAAAGCUGUUCCUCGAGCAUUGUUGAUUGUCGGAAUCUAUUAAAACUAAGAUGGAGUUGGACCCAAAGAAGGUUGUUGAAGUAUACGAGAGAUACGAAGCUGUCGGUGAUCAGUUUCUACUUGUUCGAAACCAGAUGGUGGAGAAUGACAGGGAGAGGAAUGCGAACCGAGAGGCUCUCACAGCGCUAAGGAAGAGAGCUAAGACAACAAAGACUAGCGUCCCUUCUCCUUUCGACUCUAUGAUGAAGGAUACUACAACGCACGGGAGGAGCUCAGCCAAAGCUUUGGUUCAGGAAGUUUGCUCGACGUGUGGAUCUCACGACUCUAGUGAACCCACCUGGAUGAUGCUCCCAGGAACUGACCUUUUCGCUGCGGUCCCUUUUCAUGCUGUUCAUACAAUGCUGGAGAAAGAUGAAAAGAGAAUGGAGUUUGAAUCAAAGAAACUGCAGAGUUUGUUGAAGGAGAAGACUCUUUUGUUAUCCGAACUUGGAGCUCUUGCUGAUAGUGUUCCUCCGAGUGUUAUCAGGUCGCUGAUUACGUUGAAGGACACACCUUCAGUUCAGUAGUCUUUAGAUUGACACAAACGGCGUUAUCCAUUUGUGAUGUUAAAGGAUUAGUCUUCUUGAAUGUUGAAAAUGUCAUGAUCCCCCUUGAUUAUAAUUAUAAUCACAAAGUUGCCUUGUUUCUUCUAAUAAAUAAUAUUUUAUU